AUGCCGCCCCUCCCCCCGCGGCCCUCGCGGCUCCGGCCCGCCCCUCGCCCGGGCGGCGGCAGUGGUGGCCGCGGCCCCGCUCCCCGACGACCCCGACGGACACGACCGAACUCCCGACACGACCCGGAAGCAGAGCCCCGCGAGAGGAAAGCCGGUCUGGCGGGGGCGGGGGGGGGCAUCGCGCAGGUACCCCCUCUUCCGCGGUACGCCCCGCCCCCCGCGCUGUCGACGGCCAAUGGAGAGCGAGGGCGGGGCGGGGGCGGAUCCGUCCGUGAGGGGACGGAAGGACUGGAGCGGUGGGAAAGUCUUGGAAGGGCCGUCUGGGCGGGGUUCCGAGGGUGCCGGGCGAGGUUCCGAGGGGCCGGAAAUUUUAGAGUUGGCGUGGGUUUUUCGCCUGUUACCUGCUUCCCGGUGUAUACAAGGUCCCGCCGGCCUGCUCUGUCCUUUCUCACGAAGACACUCUGGCGCAUGAGGCGAUGGCUGCCCUCCCUCGGCCUGCGUGUACAGUCCCACUCUUUAUGGUGAGUUCUGAAGCCAGAAGAGGAGAGAAGUCCCCUCAGGAUCCGAAACAGAACUCUGAAAGAAAGAAGCACCUAAAUCAAGUUGCCAGUGACACAUGCAUGGAAAGGGAUAAAGUGGGACCUUAUCUGGGU